AUGUGUGAAGUGGCAGGAACAGAUCUUCAUCCAACCAUGAUGUACCGUUCAAGUUCAACCCCAAACGUUAAUUCAAUUGGAGAUCCUCCAAAACACAGUGAAGAAAAAGCAGCAACGUAUGGAGAAAUGCUUGUUGAGAAGAUUCAUGGCAUUGGAGAAAAAUUACUGGGUCAUCAUAGAUCGGAUAGUGACUGUUCUACCAGAGGAAAAACAGGAACAGUUCAUCCUAUGUUAACGGUUACGCACACUUCGUAUUCUUGUCACGAAGUCCUCGGAAAAAAGAGCACAGAUUCCUCCCCGUCCCACAGUCAGAUAUCUAGAAAUUCAUCUAAGAAGUCAAAUAACUCCCUUUUAGUAAAUAACGGAAAACUAGAAGAAAUGAGACACAUCGUGAGGAAGGCAAGCAUGCUGGAUGUGAAUCAAGUGAAGGUAUCUUUGAAAGACAUCGUUUGUUAUCUGUCACUGCUGGAAGCGGGGCGACCAGAGGACAAAUUAGAAUAUCAACCAGGUCCUUCACUUGCAGGCAUUACUCUAGUCGUUGAUGAAGAAACUGCAGCUAGUACGUCUAAUGUUGAAGACUCAAGUGUAACACCUGGAAAAGUAUUGGACACGUUAUCGCCUGUACCCAAAAUUGAUGCUGCAAAAAAGAAUGUAAGGGGCCGAGCAAGAAGAGUGGCGGAAAUUCUUAAUUCUGCAGACAAAAUUCAAGAAAAGAAGAUAAAGAAACAAGAAUCAAAAAAGAAGACAGUUUCAAAGCAGCAAAACAAAAGGCGUCAAUUUAUGUUUCGAUUAUACGACACCAACGGAGAUGGUGUUUUAGAUAAGAAUGAAAUGGAUUGUAUCGUUAAUCAAAUGAUGACGGUAGCUGAAUAUCUUGGUUGGGAUAUUUCAGAACUUAAACCAAUUCUUCAAGAUAUGAUGGUAGAAAUAGAUUACGACGCAGAUGGUACGGUGUCCUUGGAAGAAUGGAAACGAGGAGGACUUACAACAAUACCUCUUCUAGUUUUGUUGGGAUUGGACGCCAAUGUGAAAGAAGACGGCAACCAUUUGUGGCGGCUAAAGCAUUUCAGUAGACCAGCUUACUGCAACCUUUGUCUUAACAUGUUGGUUGGUUUAGGAAAGAAAGGGUUGAGUUGUGUUUUUUGCAAAUAUACUGUUCACGAAAGAUGUGUCGCUAGAGCUCCAGCUAGCUGCAUAGCAACCUACGUAAAAAGCAAAAAGUCUUGCCAAACGUUACAGCACCACUGGGUGGAAGGAAAUUGUCACGGAAAAUGUGCCAGAUGUAGGAAACCCGUGAAAGCUGGCAUCACAGGACUGCAUUGUAGGUGGUGUCAAAUAACGUUACACAAUAAGUGUGUGGCCCAAGUUAAAGCGGAAUGUGGACUUGGAGAACAUGCCGUCCAUAUUUUACCACCAGUCUCCAUAUGUCCCAUUGUAUUAGAUAGACAAAGAUCUGUACAAAAACGGGGAUCCAAAUACGGACAUGAUAAUGGCACCAUAUCACAAAACAAGCAACCGGCCAUGUCAUUCCAAAUAACGAUAUCCCCAAGUUCCGUGCCUCUGUUGGUCUUCAUCAAUCCGAAAUCAGGUGGCCGACAGGGCUCCAGAAUCCUCAGAAAGUUUCAAUACAUACUCAAUCCGAGACAAGUACAUAUCCUGGGCGGUGGUAGUGGUCCCAUGGCUGGUCUUAGCAUGUUCAAAGACGUUCCUAAUUUUAAAGUAGUGUGCUGCGGAGGAGAUGGUACCGUUGGAUGGGUAUUAGAAACUAUGGAUAAAGUCGAACUAGAAUGUCAACCGCCAGUAGCAGUGAUUCCGUUAGGAACUGGAAACGACUUAGCCAGAUGCCUUCGUUGGGGUGGUGGAUACGAGGGGGAAUCUAUACAUAAGAUGUUACAUAAAAUUGCUAGAGCCUCCGCCGUUAUGCUAGACAGAUGGAUGAUCGAUUUGUUUGAUACGUCACCUCCUGAUCCAGAUCAGAAAAUACCAGAUACCAGAAUCCCAUAUAAUAUUAUUAAUAACUAUUUUUCUAUAGGAGUGUGUGACGACCAAAGUCUAGAUUUGGCGAACGGACCACCUCUACAGGGAAUAGCCCUACUGAAUAUUCCAUAUACGCAUGGCGGUUCUAAUCUUUGGGGAGAGCACCUGUCAAGCACCAGAAGGAAAAAGCCGAAAAAGAAGCAGAAAGAACUUAGUACGAGCAGUUUCAAUUCUGUGGAUCUUAGUGUGGCGAUACAAGAUAUCGGAGAUGGGUUGAUAGAAGUGAUAGGCCUGGAAAAUUGUCUCCAUAUGGGCCAAGUGCGGACAGGACUGAGAGCUAGUGGCAGAAGAUUGGCACAAUGUUCCUCAGUUUUGAUCAAGACAAAAAAGACUUUCCCCAUGCAAAUUGAUGGUGAACCUUGGAUGCAACCUCCAACUACAAUACGUAUCACUCACAAGAACCAAGUGCCGAUGUUGAUGGCACCUCCUACAGAGAAAGGCAAAGGCUUCUUCAGAUUCUUCCGUAGGUUAUCCUGUUCACCUUAUCAAGUGCUCCUCAAAGUAGACUCUGGUCAUCCCAGUAGAUACCUCAGUUGA